AUGAGGGCGUGCGACGGAAAGCCAGCGUCGACUCGAGAGAACGUAAGGAACACAUUUCGUGAGCACGCGGCGAGUGCCAAGCGAUCGAACGUUUUCUACAUCGAGUGGCUGAUGAGACGAGGGAAGCGACAGCUCUAUUACUUACAAAACGCCGAUAAAGUCUCGAAACUCUGA